AUGGUGGUCGGGCUGGUGGUGGUGUCGGCGGCGCUGGUGGGCUACCUGUGGUGCCUGCUGCUGCGCCGCCUGUACGAGAACACACGAGGACUGCCGUGCGCCGGCGUGUUCGCCGGGCCCUGCACCGCCGUGCUGCUGCUCAGGGACACCGAGCUGGUACGACACGUCACCGUGCGGGCGUUCGCCGACUUCUGCGACCACCACGCCGUCAGCGGCGACCCGCUACUCGCCGGCAGCCUCAUGUUCCUCCGAGGUGAAAGUUGGCGCCGCAUGAGAGCAACUCUAAGCCCAGCGUUCACAUCUGGUCGAAUAAAAGACAUGAUGGGACUCAUGGCGCAAGUUUCUCGCAACAUGGUGGACCACAUAGACAGCAUCAUCAAAACAAGCAAGCUUACCGAUGGUCCUGUGCCCAUGGAGAUAGAAGACCUGAUGAACAGAUACAGCAGUGACGUCAUAGCUUCCACUGCCUUCGGACACGACUGCAACUCAUUUGCAGACCGCAACAACGAAUUCUACCGCCGAGGGAAGGACAUCACAGACUUCUCCGGGAUAAGAGCUCUUGUUAUCAUCGGACACGUGCUGUUUCCGUCGCUCAUGAAGGCGCUGGGGAUCCCCUUCGUCCGUGCGUCCAGCCGUGACUUCCUGCUGCGCCUGGUGCGGGACGCGGUGGAGGCGCGGCGGCGGUCCUCCAGCUCCAGCCGUCUGGACGUGCUGCAGCUGCUGAUAGAGGCCCGCCACGAGGACGGAACAGCACUCACCGACACCGAGAUGGCAGCACAGGUGAUGUUCUUCCUGCUGGCCGGCUUCGACUCGACCACAAACCUGCUGUGCUUCACGACGUACCUGCUGGCCCUCCACCCUGACGUCCAGGCGCGCCUGCACAAGGAGCUCGACGAGUGCAGGUCUGCGGCGAGUGGGGAGAUCAGCCACGAUGACCUCAUGCGCUGCGACUACCUCGACUGGGUCAUUGCAGGCAAGUUGAGCUACAGUGUACACUCGUAUACGGACCGUUUCCUCUUUGUCACUUAA